UUAUAAACCUACCCAAAUCUCUCUAAAAUGGCUAGAGUCCGCAUUAAACAAUUACCAAUCACCGAAAAAACCCUCUUCAGCUCUCUCGUUAACAGAAAUCAGACAGAAAUUCAGGAUUAUUCCUUCAUUAAAGACUACACUAAUCUUAUGAAAGUCUCUAUUAAUGACAAGAAAAAGAUCAAGGACCUCACUAAGCAACUUUCUGAAGGACUCCAGUUACCUUCUGAGGAGGUUCACGAAGAACUAUCCCAGGCUAAGACUGAACUACAAGAUUUAUACAAAAAGCUCUCCCAAAGAGAUGACUACUGCAAGGAUUUCAAGGCUAAGCUAGAGAAGGCGGAGGCUAAAGAGAAGGAAUAUAGAGUGAGGAUACAAGAGCUUGAGGAGAGUUGUGAAGAGGAGCAGAAAUAAGUACCAGAUGAUCAUACUUACGCUGAAUGAGAUCGUAGACAAGCUUGAUAGAACAAAUGAGCAGUAUAAUGUAGUAGCAGCAGAGAAGGAUAAGCUUAAGCAGGAUGUCAAGAGUUUACAGAGUGAUAACGCCCUUUUGUUUAAGAAAGUCGUCCAUCUUCAGGAUGAAGUCGUGAGUCAUUAUAAUGAACAGAGUCAGGGCAAAUGCACUUGUGGUCAGGAAGAAACAAAGGAAUCUGAGGAGUCGAGGGAAUUGACAAAGAUUGAAAAGAUAGCUGAGGAGUUUGGAAAAGUUGUUGAAUCGACAACUCAUGAUGAAGAUUAUUCUAAUACCUUUUCUUAUUCCAUCCCCUCCUUUGCUUCUCAUAAGAAAGAUCUUGACAGCUGUGAGGUCUCUGCAGUGGCUUAUAAUAAUAGAGGAACUGUCAUUGCAACAGGAUCAGCACAUGGAACACUAAAACUAUGGGAUCCAUUCCACGGUGGAGAGAUCAAGAUUUUAAAGAAUUUCUCUAGCGCUGUUUGCACAUUGUCUUUUAGCACAGAUAACCAAUUCUUAGCAGCAUGCUAUGUUGACAGAACGAUUAGAGUCUGGAAGACAAAUAAUUGGAAGCUGUAUAAUAGCUUCCAUGGACACUCUGAUUUGAUAAACUGUAGUACAUAUUCUCACACAGAUGAUGCUUUGGUGACUGGGUCUGCAGAUAGAAAGAUCAAGUUGUGGGAUCUAAACAGGGGAAUCUGAACAAAAUCUUACUCUGGCUAUUCUUCCUGACAAGACAUUGACUCGCUAGCAUACGGAUCUCUGAUGGCGUCAGGGCACCAGGAUGGAACAGUUAAAUUCUGGACGCCAAACCAGAAGGACUAUAUUGAACAAAUUGAGCCACAUGGAGAUCCUAUUACUUCUGUAUGAUUUACACAAGAUGGAAGAUAUCUUCUUACAACUUCAAUGGAUCAUACAAUCAAGUUGAUAGAUGUAAGACAGUUUGAGGAAAUCAGUGAGUUCGAGCAUGAAAAUUAUGUUAACGGCAACAAGACAAGCAGAGCCUCCAUUGCUCCAAGCGGAGACUAUGCAGUUGUCGGAUCUAAAAAUGGAGAUGUAAUCAUUCUCAAACUAAACACUGAUGAGAUACAGUUAGAGGAAAUAUACAGAGGAGAGCACAGCAAUUGUGUCAAUAUCUGCCAGUGGCAGCCGAACGGAGGUACCUUCACUACUGCAGAUAUGAAGGGAAGCUUUAUCAUAUGGCAAUAG